ACGCCUCCUGCAACCACCCACCUCCGAGGCCCCCCUUGGCUUGAUUCAUGUUGGAUUUCCACAAGUCGCACCCAAGUAGGCCAAGUGGUCCGCCCGGCCCGACCCCGUACGGGACACCUUCCCCUCGCAGCGCCACAUCCGGGUGCGGCUACGCUUUUCAUUUGUCGGUGCAGAAAAGAACCCCCGCCCAGGGCCCAGGCGUUUGGUCAUCUUACGGGAGCCCAUCGGCACCGGAUCGGGACCCGGAAGUAGAUGCGCAUAUGCAUGCAACUCGUGCAGCAGAGAGAAAACUGCUUUGCUUGCCAAACACAGUAAGGCUCAGUAGACUGAACCUUGUGAUAGGCUUGCGUCUUGACACGACAUGAUACGGGGUUGACGGGGGGGCGUGGAUGAAGAGGACGUGCGGUUUGCCAGCCGACCCACACCCGGGGCACUCCGCCCUUUUUGGGUUGCUUUUGCUCCCUGGAUGCAGACCCGCCAGAUGCCGGGAUGGGGGAGGAGAGGUAUAUACUCUGACGCACUUGACCAUCACAUGCAGACGUCGAUCGCGCCCGCGUGGGUAGAGAAUAGAUUGAGAAAAGACCGGGAAGGAUCCGCACUCUUUAGGAUCCGGGACGGGCUUCGCGCAUCUGAACUGCUGGCCAGCCCUGCUUUGGCGUCCUCAAUGGUUUGCUUUGCCUGCCUGCCCUGGCUGCCGCCGGCGAUAGCAUCAUGCGAACCAGUCUACGUACAUGAUAACGGGGUGUGUGACUUCGAGUCGAGCAAUCUGCUGUCCGACUGCCGGCUACGUAAUAUCCAGGCGUACAAACGGGAACAGCGUGGUGCGUGGGAGGGUGCUCCGAUGCAGGAUCCAUCACAAGGUGAUGAGGGAAGGAAAUCUUGAUUCUAGCCAAAACAAAGCAG